AAUGUCGUUCUUUGGCCAUUGACGGAGAGUUCUGGAUGUCAAUGGAGGACUUCACUGAAAACUUUAGGGGCAUUGACAUUUGCUGCCUCAGUCCUGAUUUUCUGGACAGCUCUUCUAAAUGCAGCUGGACAACAGCACGCUACAAUGGCAGUUGGGAAUCUGGGACUACAGCUGGUGGCUGCAUCAAUAAUAAAGACUCUUUCUGGACGAACCCUCAGUUUCGGAUGAGGAUUGAGGAGCUUGAUGAGGAAUGUGCUAGUGGCCAGUGUCCUGAAAACAUACUGGUGUCCCUCAUGCAGAUCCAUGAGAACAGAUACAGAAGUCUUGUUUCUAACUACGCCAUUGGCUUCAGUGUUUUUGUGAUACCACCAGAGAUGAAAGAUGAGAAGUUCCAGCCAAGUUCUUCUACAAUAAACGUCCUGUGGAAGCUAGUGAGAAAUUUACCCAAGCAAGACAUGUGAUGAAAUUCUUCAAGCUUGAACCAGGAGAGUAUCUCAUUGUACCAUCCACUUUCAAUCCUAAUGAGUCUGGAAAAUUCAUGCUGUCCAUCUUCUUAAGGAGUGAAACCCACAGGAGAAAUUAGAAACCUGUCAUGACAUUGUAUGAGAUCAAUUAGUGGGACACCAGUUGAAUGGAAAGACACUAGUGCAUUGAUUUUAUACGAGCUAUUUUUUCUUUUUACUUUAGUGCAAAACAUUCAGUCCAUGGUCAUGUAAUUUUACGUAAAUAUAUAGAUUUUGUACUUCAGUUCUGUUUUACAAAUGAGUACAAAGCAGUUUCUCAAAAUCAUUGUUUAAUGCAUAGAUCUAGACAGGAUGUUGUGCAUACAAACACUAUGCUUCAGAAUUGCAGAUUGAAAGGAAU